AUGUGUGCCACGGAGAGUCGGGCAUCGAGGAGGGCUAUUUACCCCUAAAAAACAGAGAUCAUCCCCGGAAUAUUUUUGGGUACGAAAAAAAAAAAGAGAAGGGUGGAAUAGCGUUGUUGGAUGGACCGAUGGGGAAGUGGACUGUGGGAGAAGAUCGCUUCUAAGCUUUUCUGAAUCGCGUUCGAGCGACGACGAGAAUUCCGGAGUCGCGGAUGUAAAAUCAAUCGGCGGGGGAGGCUUUUCCGCUAGGGUGUGUUGUUGUUGUUAUUAAGUGCGCCUCCUGCAGGAUACCGAAACCCGUGUUCCCUGGGCGUGUGUUGCAGGAAUCAGGCAAAUACUGAAGAGCAAAAGAGUGUGGAUUGGAAUUUCGGACGUCUCUCGGUUGGUUCGGGGGUGGAAAAUUCGCGCCCGCCUAGAGUGAUCUAUGUAUAUGUACGGGGGGGAAAUCCCGUGAGCGUUUUACAGGAGUGUUCGCCAUUUUGACGUGCGGAGUUGUUAGGCGGAUUCGGACUUCUGCUUUUGCGAAAUUCAUCUUCCUUGGAACGCACCCAUCUCUGGAUUUACCAUCUACCACAUCGACCAGGAUUCGAAUGAGGAUGCUUCGUCCGUUCAACAAUUAGCAUGAAGACCAUCAGACAUCAACUAUUUUUUGGGUUGCUGUAGAGAUGUUGUAGGCGGGGUGCGGGGGGAUUCCCCCCCUAUAGACCUGGCGCCGCCAUCACGGAUCACCACGGCGACCGGCACAGAUGUCCUGACAGCGGGCCCGGGGCCACCAGGAUGCCUACGGAGGAGGACUAUGCAAGGAGACAGGUCUUGCAGCGCGGCUCGCCGGCGCCAGCCCCUUGCCCUGCUGGUUGUCCUGCUGCGGUUCAGCUGGUACCCGCAGAGAGGUUCCCAACGAGUUAUGGCAGCGAGAAGAUGCUACACGGAGAUAGGUACGAGCCGCAGGAGAGGUACCAGUCGACGGACCGCUUUGGUUCGGAGCGGUCCCAUUCAGAUCGAUUGCCAUCGGGAGAGAGGUACCACGGUGUGUCUGAGAGGUACCCGUUGGGCGGCGAGAGGCCGACGACUGCGGUCUCUUCGGAGAGGUUGCAACCGGAGAGGCACCACUACACGGACCGCCGAUACCAGGAGCGGAGUAUUGGCUCGCUGGACAGGUUCCACAACGGUUACACUAGAACCAACACACCGACUGAUAGAUAUAGCACAUUAUCUAACGAUAAGGAUAGAUGCGUCAGUAGUGAUAGAUAUGAUAAGUACCAAAGCGGCGAUCGCCAUUCGUCGAGCCAAAGCGUAUGCUCUCCUGCGGAGAGGUACGCUUCGAACGUUGGUUCCAAGACUCUACCAUCAGAGGUUUACAAAUAUAAGGACAGGAGCAAAUACACCACGCAGGGAGGAUUCCAGCAGCAGCAGCAGCAACACCAAUACGAGCGGUACCAACCAGAACGCUACCCAGCGAUUCCUUGCCCGGAGCGUUUUGCCACCCAAGACCGCUCAUCUUUUACUCAAGUACCUUACAUGGAACCACCGUCUCCGGCGCCCGCCAGUGACAGGUUCAUCCCUCCCCCACCUCUCUCUCCAGCUGACACUCCCAGCCCUGAGUGUUACCCUUCCAACCCCUUCCCAUCCCCAACCAACAACGUCCCAGCAGCAACGACCUUCAUCCCGCCGCCCCCGUUAUCCCCGUCCCCCACAGAGAACUACUCACCAAAGCGAUACCCGACGCCCACCCAGUACAGACAGUACUACAACAACUACAACCAACCCACAACCACCUACAACCCACCGGCCCCCGACAAAUACCUAGAGCAGCGAUACACGAGCGACCGGUACGUUCCUCCGAACGCCCAUACACCCGUAGAUCGUUACGUACCGCAACCGCAGGAACCCUACUACUAUUACUCUCCCAACUACCAGAAAUUCAAUCCUUCUUCUGAUCCUUACAUGCGACGCGACCUCAAUUUUCACUACCGCCUCCCAGUUCCAUAUCCAUCGCAAUAUCCGCAACGCAUCCGCUACUUGAACACGCCGAACCGCAUCAAAUGUUGCCAGUUCCAAGACCAAAACUUUCAAAUCUCCAAGUCCAGUCCGGGCUCCAGUUCGAGCAGCUCCGUCACCAGCAACCAGGGCAAGGAAUACUUGAGCCACGCUAAGCCCGAGAACCUACCAGAUAUUCAGUGCCAAAAUUACCCCACUUACCAACUUCAGCAGCAGCAACAACAGGAGAAGGCUAUUCAAUGCAAUAAGGACCUGGUCCGUAAACAACAGCAGCAGCCUCCGCAGUCCUGCAGGCAUGGGAUCUGUCCCAGUCCUAGCGUCGAGUACAUGGGCGCAUCCGGAGGGCGGCUCGUCAGUGCCACACCACCGCCUCCCAAUAGGGGUACACCCGCUCCCGAUGGCGCCUGCAGCGACACCUGUUGCAACCGGAAGCCACCCACGCAGCAGAACCUCACCGUAUCAGUUUGGAGACCUUCGCCUCAUGCUCAAAGUCAGCCGGGACAAUCGUCGCAGACGCAGCAACCUCAGCAACAGCAGCAGCAACAUCAUCAGCAUCAGCAGCAGCAGCAACAACAAUCGCCUCAGCCGAUCAAGCAACCAAGUGGAAUCCAGGAGGCCGUUUGCAAUGACCCGGAAAACGUGGAGGCGUCCGCCGCGGCGCCGCCCGUUCACGUCCGGAUCGCCGAUCCACCGAACCGUCAACAAAGAACCGUGUCUCUUCCGGUUUCCCCUGCGGAACGACCCCAGAGGGUGCAAUACAGCCAGAGCGAACGCUACGCGAGGGAUGCCGCACCGAGAUUGGCGCGUUCCAACAGCAGAAAGGAAGUUAUUAAGAACUACAUCAAACGCGAAACGGCCACGUUCUUCGGAGUGUGCGAGGACAAUGAGAGGAGUCAGCAGGAGCGGUGGCUCGACAGGCGGAAACGUUUGGCAUCAAGGACUUACGGAGCGCUGAAAGAGGAUUACCAAAUACCUGGGGCCCGUCUGAGGCGGGUCGUUUCCGAAGCACAACGAGCACGGACUCAGAUGAAACGCACGACGACGGAGAGGCCGGACGUUCUGCCCGGUCCAAGCGACGUCCCCGAUUCCACAGCUCCGAUCCCCGAGGAAGAGGGUCGCAGCAAGGACUCCGUUGCUCGCAUGACCUGGGACGGUUUGUCCUACGUGGUCACCACACUCACCAGACAUCAGCAGCGCGAAAGAUCUCAACGAUGGUCACGUAGCUACCCACCGGAAGUGCCCAAUCAGGGCAGGCUGAGUCAGGAGGAAGGGACGUUCUUCUCGUGUCCGGUUCCGUCCGCUCCACCGCUGGAGGAGGAACCUCUUCCAGCGCCGGUCGAUCCCAUAUUCAGGGGCGGAAUACACGUGGCCAAUGAUUUAGAACCAUUAAGGCACCAUCAGGAUAUAAGAUACAUGAGAGGCAGCGGCUGGAGGAGAGAUCCGCACACAGUUUCAAGAGGAGAACAGACUGGACCAACUAUUGGUGGCACAAGAAUUUAUACUAGUGUUUUAGAUAGGGUUUUGGACAAUUCGGAUAGGAGACAGUACGGAAUGGGAUGGGUCGGAAAGUUCUUCGGGCGAUCGUUCAAGAAAUCCGUUACCAACGAUGAGCAGGUGCGAGAGCAAUUGGACGACAUGGAGGAUUACAGACCGAUGUUCACUUAUUGGGUGACGACGGUGCAGAUCCUCGUGCUAAUCAUCUCGGUGAUCUGUUACGGUUUCGGGCCGUUCGGAAUCGAUCUGGAGACGAAGUCCGGUCAGGUGUUGGUAACCAGUCUCUCCCUGCAGCAGGUCGACUACAAGGAACCGGCGAACUUCUGGUUCGGUCCUCGGGCCGCCGAUCUGAUACAUCUGGGCGCGAAGUUCGCGCCCUGCAUGCGGGUGGAUCGGACCAUCCUGCAGAAGAUCGAAAUGACGAGGGCCAAAGAACGGGAGACGGCCUGCUGCAUCCGCAACGACGACUCCGGGUGCGUGCAAUCAUCGCAAGCGGAUUGUUCAUUUGCGAACCAACUGGUCCGAGGACUAAGGCCGACGAAAAUUAUAUCGACGUGGAAGAAAUGGUCUGCCGGCGAAUCCGGUCCAGGAGGUCGAAUUUCCGGAUCCGUUUGCGGAUUGGAUCCUAAGUUCUGCGAUGCUCCGGCCAGCGUCCAUCCCUACGUCUGGCCAGACGACAUAACCAAAUGGCCGAUUUGCAGGAAAACAAAUACUCAAUCUUCGGUGCAGAAACGUGGGCCUAGAGAUCAUCUGGCCGAGCACAUGGUCUGCGAGGUCAUCGGACAUCCCUGCUGCAUCGGCAUCCAUGGACAGUGCAGGAUAACGACAAGAGAAUAUUGUGAUUUCGUGCAGGGAACGUUCCACGAAGAGGCAUCACUUUGUUCACAGGUCUCUUGCUUGAACGACGUCUGCGGAAUGAUUUCAUUUUACUUCUUCGAAACGCCCGACCAAAUUUACCGCCUUUGGACGUCGAUGUUCCUGCACGCCGGCAUCCUGCAAUUAAUACUCACCAUCUUAAUACAGUAUUUCCUGAUGAGAGAUCUCGAGAAGCUGACGGGAAGCCUCAGGAUAGGCAUCAUCUACAUGGGUUCAGGCGUUGGCGGGAAUUUAGCCAGUUCCAUCUUCGUUCCCUACAGAGCAGACGUUGGUCCGGCAGGUUGUCAAUUCGGUUUGCUUGCCUGCUUGAUCGUGGAGGUGAUCAACUCGUGGCCGAUGCUGAAGAAACCGCGAAGAGCUCUGGGAAAACUGCUAGGAGUAACGUUCGCCCUGUUCCUGAUCGGCCUGCUGCCCUGGGUGGACAACUACGCCCACCUCUUCGGUUUCUUCUUCGGAUUCCUGCUGUCGUACGCGCUGCUCCCGUUCGUCUCCUUCGGCCCGUACGAUCGAAAGCGUAAGGUCGUCCUGAUCUGGGUGUGCCUCCUUUCCGCAGGAUUCCUCUUCGUCGCCCUCAUCCUGCUCUUCUACAUAUUCCCGGUGUACGACUGCAAGAUAUGCUCGUACCUGAAUUGUUUGCCGCUGACGCGGGACUUUUGCGCCUCUCAGAACAUCAACUUCAUGCGCGAGGAACCCGUGGUAUGACGAACGGCGUUACGGUUUCUCCGGACCGUAACUUCGCCCCUUACUUUCGCAUUACUUUCUUAUUACUCCACCAAAUGUAACCGACAUGUAAUAAAUCCAUUCAAGUAAUUAUUAUAUACCCUUACAAAUUACUCACUGCAAAUUAUUAUUAUAUAUAUAUAUAUAAAUCUUCUCCGAUUCGUUUACGUUCACGCAUCUCUUUGUCUAUUUCUAUAUAAUUCUAUCAUCGGUGGAAACGUGCAUUCAUUCAGACAUAAUCUCAGUGCAACCUCCCUUAAACCAGAGUAAGCAAAGAGUAAGAAAUAAAAAAUAUAUAAUAUAAUAAUAA